GUGUGUGUGUACCUGCAGGAAGUGGCCUGCUCCGUUAUCUCCUCCCUCUAAUGCUGAGAUAUGAAGUAGCUUUAACUGGGGUCACACUCACCAGCGAACAAACCUCAGCUUACUCAUGGAGAGAGAGAGAGGCAGGCGCCUAUAGGUUUCCUACACUUCUUCCUUUGACAGCAGAAGAUAAUAUAGUUGGAUAGAGAUAUUAUUCAUUACGCAAGAUGCAGUACCAACACAGUGCGCCUUCAGCCAUGGGUGUUCCUCUUUACGCGCCGACCCCUAUCCAGCCCGUCCACCCGACUCCUUUCUACAUAGAAGACAUCCUGGGGAGAAAUGAGACCCUGGCCCAGUCUUCAGCGGUGGUCUCCACGCCAAAUCUACCGUCACCGAAUUCAUCCUUCACCAGUUUGGUCUCUCCGUACCGGACCCCCAUCUAUGAACCGACACCGAUCCACCCUGCGUUCUCUCACCACGCCGCGCUGACAGCCACGUAUGCCUCGGGGGCUUUCGCUAAUUCACUGUAUCCAUUCCACCGCACUAUGGGGGACUAUACUCAUGCUCUGAUCAGGCACGAUCCGCUUGGUAAACAACUUCUAUGGAGCCCGUUCAUUCAGCGUCCACUGCACAAGAGAAAAGGUGGACAAGUCCGAUUCUCCAACGACCAGACGAUAGAGUUGGAGAAGAAGUUUGAGACACAGAAGUACCUUUCACCCCCAGAACGAAAACGACUGGCGAAAAUGUUGCAACUGAGUGAACGACAGGUGAAGACGUGGUUCCAAAAUCGAAGAGCCAAGUGGAGGCGACUGAAGCAGGAGAACCCUACCGGCAGUAAGACAGAUCUGGAGGACGAGAGCACCGGGAGAAACUGCGAGGAGGGACCGGAGUCCGGUGUGAGCCUCAGCCCGGGCCGGGACCAGAGAUGUAGGGCUACAGAGAUGACGCACACUCACAGUCGGUUGCAGUGUUCCACAUCGCCUCUAUCACAAGGACAAAUAGAGUCAGACAUGUCAGAUGAUACAGACCAAGAGCUGGACAUAGAGGAUGACAUGGAGUUCCCACUGAAUCCACAGAUAUGAGCUCAUCAGAUCACUGUUUACAGGUCAACCUGGAUGUUGUCCCACUGGGUGACUGACGGCCCGGGAAGAGGACCAACGUCAGUAAACAUUUGUCGUAGCAUCUGGGACAUUGAUUUGUUUUUUGUAUAUAAUUACCUGUAUAUUUUGUGAUGUUGUUUUAAUGUCAUUAUGAGUUUAAAAAAAUAAAUAUGAAUUGAGAAAAAAAAAUGAGCGUCGGAAACGGUUAGGCCUACGAACGACAUGUUUUGAUCUAGGACGACCACAAACCUCUCUGGACGGGAACGUAAACAUUUCACGGUAUUCGGCUCAUGUGACAUAUACAAUUUGAUUUGAUUUGAAGGAAGCCUCGUACCGGUUAAAAACAUGAAUGGAAUUAUGUGGAUGUAGUUUAGUGCCUUUUAUUUUUGUUGUUAAAUACGGGUACAAAUAUGAAAAUAAAAUCCUGAUCGUUCUUAUACCUCUCAGAUAUCGGACAGACACUUUA